UAGGCAGGAUAUUGCAGGCAAACGUACUCGACUAAGAAGCGCGCGUGUCGGUUUGCAAAGGUGCUUGUGCGUGGAAGCAGAAAAAAUAAAUAAAUAAAAAUAAUAAAAAAAAAUACAAAAUAAAAGUGAAUGUACCAGGGUAGCAAAAAAAAAAAAAUAUUAAAAAAAAGAAACGAAACGGAAAUAAACUUAGUAGCCAAGAAGAUGAUAUAGAGUAUAUGCAUGCUUGUAUAUAUAUAUAGGUACGUGGUAGGUUUGUGUGGAAAUCAUGCACAAUGUGGGCAAAGAAAGUGCUGAAGAUGGUAUGAAAAUGUUGAAGAUGGCAGCAAACAAGAAAAUCCCCAUCAAUAACAAAUGACACCGUAACAAAAAACCAUCGAAAACAAGCAAAACCAAAAAAAAAGAACAAAAUUUAUGGAAAAUGCCUGAAACUUAAGCGCAAGGAUUUGCAAGAGUGUAAUACCUUCUAAAAAGCCUGUGAACGGAAUAUAUCGUCGUCAAUUACGUGAAUCAAACGUGAGUGAGUGUUUCUUCGCGCUACGCCAUAGUCACUGCAAUUCAAAUUCAAACCGCCUUAAAUUUUCUUAAAGUCCAAAAUUCAAAUGUGAUGAUGCCCAUUCCCUUAGCUUAAAUCAAAUCCAAACUUAGAAUGUGAUGCCUAUACUCGUACACUCGCACACACUCGCCUGCAUACAGCACAUAUGGUUUUGUGUGUGUAUGUGUGUUGGAGUGGUGCCUGCAUUUUUGUUUAUAGUAGUAUUAAUAAUUUAACAUAAGUGUUAGUAAGAGUGUGCUCGUUACCAAAUGAGUGAUCGCGUUAGCCUCAAUCCAACGGGGCGUUAUGCUCGCGUCAGCCCCUCACCGGGUCGUGGCAUGAAGGUUGCCUAUGCACCAUGUCCCCUAUUCGAUGCUCAAGAUGUGGAACUGGGCGGCAAUUGUUUGGCCAUACCCAUGUCAUCGUUACAUCCACCACAAUCCAAGUCUUCGAAAGCUUCCACGACGACGGCAACAGCAACGGCGGCAGCCAAACCUCCGGGGCCCAAUGGAAAUAAAAAAGAACGGUGCAGUGGCUUCACAGGUGCUUGUACUCCAACCACCACCACCACGCUUCCACUGUCACCCAUGCAGCAUGAAAUGGAUGCACCGCAGCCUUUAGUUGAUCGCAAGCCUUCCAUAUCGCUUUUAAGAUGGAACAACGGCAGCAGUAACCACAACUCAGCCUUAGCAGCCGCCGCCACCACCAACAAUACCAACAACAACACUACUACCACCACCAUACUCAACCAGCAAACACCGUAUAACAGUAGUAUUAGAAAUCAGUUCGAUUACAUACCAAUGACAGAAAGCAACCGCAACUACAACAUCGGCAUUAGCAACAGCAACAUCAACUACAAUGUGGGCAGCAGCAACAGUUACAACUAUAAUGCCAACACAGGGUCCACCGGUGCUGCUAGGCAAGCUAGCUAUGGCAUAGGCGGUACCGGCACGGGUAUUGGAGCCAACAAUGGCUUAGUGCCCAUGACAGCGGGCGGUGUACGCACAGAGCCCAUAUCAUUGGCCACCUUGGAUAGGGAUUGUUUUAUAAUACCUGUACAUAGUGUUGAUCGUUUUCUACCAGCUGGCAUACCGCUGCCUCCACCACCGGUCGAUGGCCCAACAACGAAACCUUCCAGUCCCCUUAGUGUUCUGGAAGUCUCCGAUCCAAAACUAUGCAUUUUGGUUCAUUUAAUGAGUCCUUUAGAGCCCAUAGAUCCUGUCCUUGAAUCACCCCUCUCUCAUCCACUGCUCAAGCAACGUUCUGUGGCCUCAGAGCUGGUAACCGAAGUGCAACAGGCCAACACAGCUGUGGGUGGCAUGCUGUUGGCCAAUAUGGAAAAGAUUUCCGAAUUUCCCUUUAUUGCCUAUUAUGUUAUAAAUACAAUGCAAACGGAUCCCUCAAAUUUUUAUGCGGGCAUGAGAGUUUCAUCUUUAUCGAAAUUUGAGCCAAAAAAUUUAAGAUACACUGCCGCUCAUACUCUAGAUUUGUAUAGUGAAGUGGCUGCCAUAUGUCGUCCUCCAUUGCAAUUGGCCCCCAGCGAAAGUGGCAGCUUUAAGAAGACACAAACUCCGGCCACCGGUUACAUAAUAUCAGUAUUUAAGGUUUUCGAAGGUGAUGACGGCGAACGUUUCGAAAAGAAUUGGCUGUAUUGGACUGGAGCUAGAAUGCUAUACAGAUAUUUGCCACGUACUGCCGGCCUACGGCGUAUAUCGCUACACAAAAGCACAUCACAGCGAGGUGAUAAAAUGUACCUGCUCAUCUGCGAAUGUGCGGAACUUCUAAAGGAUAUCAAUGCUGCUGCCGUCUUAAUACCUGCCCUAAGAGCCCGUCUAUGUGGCUACACAGGACUGUAUAGACCAAUACAAGCAUUUUAGUUAUACAUCCCAUGCACACACACACACACACAAACACACUCUCAAACGCACAUACAAUACACACAAAACUGCCCCCCGUACAGUAACAUCAUAAUGUUAGACUCUCACAAUGGGGGGAACCGGAAACAAUUUUGUAAAAAAUUAGCACAAUUCCUUGGGUGAUAAGUAGCAAUCAAAUAAGAACAAGCAACAAAACGAAAAACAAAAACAAAGCAAAACAACAUGACAACAACAAUUAAUAAAAUACAACAAAUAAAAAGGCAUAUAAAAUUAA